AUGGCUGGCUCGGUCCGGGGCCAGGGCUUCGCCCCCUCCUGUCCUGGCACCGGCGCGGUGGGAAACACGUCCGCUCCAGACACAUGUUUUCGCUGUUCGGAAUUCGAGAGGCUCGGAGAUUCGGUGAUAAACGUGGACGGCACGGACAGGAGGGUGCUGCUGGAGGACAAGCUGCCGCACAUCUUCGGCUUCACGCUGCUGGGGGACUACAUCUACUGGACGGACUGGCAGAGGCGGAGCAUCGAGCGCGUGCACAAGACCACGGCCACCCGCGAGAUCAUCAUCGACCAGCUGCCCGACCUCAUGGGCCUCAAGGCCACCCGGGUCACCGCCGCGCUCGGUACGAACGGCUGCGCGGAGGACAACGGCGGCUGCAGCCACCUGUGCUUCCAGCGUCCGCAGGGCCCGCGGUGCGCCUGCCCCAUGGGCCUGGAGCUGCUGAGCGACCUGCGGCGCUGCGUGGUGCCCGAGGCCUUCCUGCUCUUCACCAACCGCGCCGACAUCCGCCGCAUCUCGCUGGGCACCCACGGCAACCACGUGGCCAUCCCGCUCGCCGGCGUCAAGGAGGCCUCCGCCCUCGACUUCGACGUGCUGGAGAACCGCAUCUACUGGACCGACGUCAGCACCAAGACGAUAAGCCGUGCCUUCAUGAAUGGCAGCUCGGUGGAGCAUGUGAUCGAGUUCGGGCUGGAUUACCCAGAGGGCAUGGCGGUGGACUGGAUGGGGCGGAACGUGUACUGGGCCGACACCGGAACCAACCGGAUCGAGGUGGCGCGCCUGGACGGGCAGUACCGCCAGGUUCUGGUGUGCAAGGACCUGGACAACCCCCGCUCUCUCGCCCUGGACCCUGCCAAGGGCUACAUGUACUGGACGGAGUGGGGGGGGAAGCCGCGGAUCGCGCGCGCCCACAUGGACGGCAGCAACAUGGUGACCCUGGUGGAGAAGGUGGGCCGCGCCAACGGCCUCACCAUCGACUACAUCGACCAGCGGCUCUACUGGACCGACCUGGACACCUGCAUGAUCGAGUCCUCCAACAUGCUGGGAUUGCAGAGGGAGACCAUAGCGGACGACCUCCCCCACCCGUUCGGGCUGACGCAGUACCGCGACUACAUCUACUGGACGGACUGGAACCUGCGCAGCAUCGAGCGCGCGGACAAGCGCACGGGCCAGAACCGCACGGUGAUCCAGGGCCACCUGGACUACGUGAUGGACAUCCUGGUGUUCCACUCCUCGCGCCAGGAGGGCUGGAACGAGUGCUCCCAGGGCAACGGGCAGUGCUCGCACCUGUGCCUGGCCUCGCCCGACGGCCCGCGCUGCCGCUGCGCCUCCCACUACACGCUGGACGCCAACGGCAGGAACUGCAGCUCUCCCUCCAGUUUCCUCCUGUUCAGUCAGAAGGGCUCGAUUAGCCGCAUGGUGCUGGGGGAGCAGAGCCCGGACAUCAUCCUGCCCAUCCACGUGCAGCGGAACGUGCGGGCUGUGACCUACGACCCCGUGGAGCGGCUGGUGUACUGGGUGGACGGGAAGCAGAACAUCCGGAGGGCGCGGGACGACGGCUCGCAGUCCUCCGUGGUGGUCUCCACCGCCCCGGGCCACCAGCAGAGCCCCGACAGGCAGCCGCACGACCUGAGCCUGGACCCCUACAGCCGCACGGUGUUCUGGACCUGCGAGGCGACCAACACCAUCAACCUGCACCGCCUGGACUCGCACUCCGUGGGCGUGGUGCUGCGGGACGACCACGACAAGCCGCGCGCCAUCGUGGUCAACGCCGAGAGAGGGUACAUGUACUUCACCACGGUGCAGGAGCGCUCGGCCAAAAUCGAGGGGGCGUCCCUGGACGGGACGGAGCGCGAGUCGCUCUUCACCACCGGCCUGAUCCGGCCCGUCGCCCUGGCGCUGGACAACAAGCUGGGCAAGCUGUUCUGGGUGGACGCCGACCUGAAGCGCAUCGAGGGCAGCGACCUCUCCGGAGCCAAUCGGAUCACGCUGCAGGACUCGAACAUCCUGCAGCCCAUGGGGCUGACGGUGCUGGGGGAGCACCUGUACUGGAUCGACCGGCAGCAGCAGAUGAUCGAGCGCGUGGACAAGACGACGGGCGAGCGGCGGACGCGCAUCCAGGGACGCAUCGUCCACCUGACCAGCAUCCACGCCGUGGAGGACCUGGACCCCGAAGAACUGGGUACGACCCCCCAAACCCGGGCAUUCCCCUUCCACACCCUCAUUAAGUUCAAGGAUCUGGUGUUUUCGUCGUCGUCGUCGCCGUCCCCCUAA